AUGUACUAUGCUCACAUGAGUUUCACGCAAAUGGCUCUAGGGCUAUACCGAAUCUUAGCUGCGUGCCUUCGACUCCCCUCUCUACUGUUCUAUCUCGAUCAUAACAACCAAGCCAUCCCAAUCGGCAAUCCACGACCAUCCGCUUCCUGCGAUCCUACGAUCAUCGAGUGCUCCUGCUCCUCAGCAAGGAAUUCAAUUCCCAUAGCACCACACAAACCCGACGCCCGUUGGACCAUCCACCAUCAUGGCAGUAGCAUGAGACGUACGAGCCCAGUGUCCUGGCGUCGCACCACAGAAACGAAGACAGAGGCGGAGGAGAAGAUGGAGAGGGAGGCGGAGAUGGAGGGCGAGGCGCAGCCAAUGCUACAAACACAUGUUAACAGCCAGCGAGACCACGCGUCCAGAGCCACGACACGGGCGCUCAAACAAUUCAGAUCGGAAGAUAUUUGUAGAGGAGCUGCGGUAUCAGACUACAUUUCUCAGAUCGAACGAUAUGGGAUUUCUUCUCUCCCCUUCUCAGGAUUGCCGAGAGAACUCCCCAAGUCUGGACAUGAUAUCAGCUCGUAUCCAGGACAACGAGCCACUCCACGGCGGCUAGAUGUGCUGCCGCCACAAUACUCUUUUGAAGCUUUGCUGGCUGGAACCACCAUGCUGACGGGCAUUCCUGUCGUGAACAUGGCGCGACUCAUGAACAUCUCAUAUGCAUGCCUUGGAAUCGGUAAAUUGAAUGGGGGAAAUGUCGACAAGUCUUGCACGAAAGAUGAUAUCAACGUCAAACAUGAAGCUGGUAUGAAGAAAGCACGAUCUCGAUGGCGGACGAACGACGUUCUGAUCGACACAGGAGAGGAAGUGCAUACAUUUGAUCCCGCAAUCCGGCGUACACUCGACAUGUGUUCUGGGAACUUCGCAGCAGAGGUAGGCCUCGUGCCGCCGCUGAAGAAAGCGGAGGCGGAGCCAUGCGCUUUGGUGCGCUUCAUCGAUGGCAGGCAGGCUGGGCAAGCGCGAACACCCACCAACAGGCAACUUCACAUUUAUGAUUCCACAAAUGAAAGCAAUGCCUGCACGAACGCGAUACAUCUCGCUCUCACAGAUGCGGGCAGGAGUUGUUCUUGCCUUUUUCUCACUCGAUCAGAAGCGCAGCAGUAUGCACCUGCGAGCGAUCCGCGGAGUGUUUUCAUCGAUGAGGACAGAGACACGCCCCAUCCAGGAGACCACCUUGCCGGACUCGCCAAUCUUGUGUGCCAUCUGGUCGCGAGCGCCGUCUACGCCCGGCUUCGCUGCACAAGUUCAGUACUGCGAUUGUCACGUUCUCCAGGUCGGCCUCUACAGGCAUGGGUUGCUUGCGGGCAGCCAUGUGCCCCUUUUCCGUAUCUCGGUAGCAGCCUGUUGUGGGCCUCUCCGUGCAAUCCUCUUCUACCAUCGACAAACAUCGGACCCUUCCGACGUUUAUCCUCCAAUGUGCCUUUGCGACAUCCUUCAGCUCCAGAAUCGCUCUUUGCGAGUGGUCAUUCGUCGAAGCUUCGCAGGGGAUCUGUCAUCUUGACGCAGAAAUCCAUGCCAUCGAAUCGCAGCGCUCGAGGGUGUGAGAGACGUUCGCCGGCCAGUGUCAAUCCGCACUUUGGAAGCAUGCUGGCACCAAGGCCAUGUGAGCUUCCAGAUCGAUCGCAGCGUCUGCACAAUCUUCACGCGGCAUACAUCAUGAGCGAUCUCGCUGGGCCGCUAAAGAAAGUUCAAAGUCUGGAGACGGACGGGCCAAAGACUGCUGGGUGGAAGCCGGAAGUAAGCAUGGGAGAACAAGAGAGUGCUUCCGCGUUGCUUUCUCCUCCCAUCGUCUCAACCUCCGAGGGUACCAAUGGCUGCUUCAAUGGGCCCAUGGCUGCUCCAACAACACUGGCGAAAGCAAUCUCGAAAACCGGCAACAACAUCAAAGCACCCAAGAACACCACUGACACCCGGCAAAGGCGCCAGAAAAGGAACCAAGCCACGAUAAGAGAGAAGAAGGUCACAAGAAAUGGCUGGCUUGGUUGGAGUCGGUCCGCUGGAUUGCACAUCAGCCCUUGCCUGAUCCUGCCGCACUGGUUGACAUCCUUCUACAAUAACCGCAAAAGGACCUUGCUGACCGCCUUGCGAAAGGAGGGCACCAAAUCAGAAUUCAACGAUGACGCUGACGAUGAAGCAGAGGGUCGUUUUGGCAGCGCUGAGGCUGGUGCUAGCCGAACAUUCCAGACUUUCUCAAGUGUAUCAAGCCAAGGAGGGCAGUUCAACGAUGACACUGACGACGAGGCAGAGGGUCUGCUGAUGACACCUGAUUGGGGCGUUGAUGCUGAUGGUUGCGCCGACGCUGCUCCAGAUAAGCAUGGCGACACCAAUGAUACAUGCUGCUUGUUCAUAUUGAGUCCGGAGGUCCGUUAUGCUAUGGCAAGCAUCGGGCGCGUUGCGAGCAUCCCAAGACUGUCGCAGCAGUUCCUCCAUACCAGCACGCUCCUGUCACGGCAGCAAAGGGACUGGAAUAUGAGCGCAAGUCUGCUCGAAACUAUUCGCCAUUAG